AUGGAGAAAACCCUACUUAAAAAAGGCGAGCUUAAAUCAGCAUACGAUGGUGUCCUGGAAGAAUAUCUCGAUUUAGAUCAUAUGGAAAAAGUAAAUCCAUAUGAGAACAUAACCAAAGGUAAAUACACCUCAUUUUACCUACCCCAUUAUGCGGUUGUAAAACCAGACAAAAAAACAACCAAGUGGCGUAUGUUCAAGUACGUAUUUAACGGAGACGUCGAAAAAAUGUAUCGACAAAUACUCGUACAUAAAGACGAUCAAGACUUUCAGCGCAUGAUAUUUCGAAAUUCACCUAAUAGUCCAAUAUGCGACUAUAAACUCAAAACGGUGACAUUUGGCGUAAAUUGUGCCCCCUUUCUUGCCAUUCGAACACUUCACGAAUUGGCAAACGAUAUAAAAGAAAAAUUACCCCUAGCAACCCCGGUGUUAAAAACACCAACAUAUGUGGAUGAUAUCCUGUCUGGAAGCCACAGCUUACCCCAAGCGUACGAAGCACUAUCACAAGUAAUACAAGCCCUCAAGUCAGCAGGGUUCCCCCUAAAAAAGAUAACCGCCAAUCACCCCGAAAUCCUAACAGAUAUAAAUAAAGAAAGUUUAUUAGAUUCAAACUUCCUAAUAUUCGAAAAGGAAAGUACAACAAAAACCCUAGGCAUACAAUGGAAUGCGAUCUCAGAUAAAUUCUCAUAUACUCUUGAGUCGAUAUUUGCUCAAUCCGCAAUAACUAAAAGGCAAAUUCUGUCGGCUGUAGCGAAACUUUUUGACUCCGCAGGAUGGCUUUCGCCAGUUAUGAUACAAGCGAAAAUCCUGAUACAAGAAUUAUGGCUUGACGGAACCGAAUGGGACGAGCAAGUGAAACCACUUCGCUUGGAAAAAUGGUCCCAAUUUGCUAACAACUUGCACGCUAUUGCAGAGAUACAAAUCCCUAGAUGGGUAAAUUACUCCCCCGAAUACCAAGUAGAACUGCAUGGCUUCUGCGACGCCUCUGAAAAGGCAUAUUGCGCAACUAUAUAUGUGCGCACCCAAAUUAACAGCACAAUUUCAAGCCAUUUGUUAGUAGCAAAAGCCAAAGUGGCACCUCUCAAAACACUAAGUCUACCACGACUUGAACUGUGUGGCGCGCUUCUACUCGCAAAAUUAGCCUCAACUGUGCAAACGCAUUUAAACAUGACCAGUCAAAAAUUAUAUCUAUGGUCAGACUCAGAGAUCGUCUUAGCUUGGUUAGAAAAACUACCCCACUCAUGGAAAACAUAUGUUUCCAACCGCACAGCCCAAAUACUUGAUUUAGUUGGGCCGGCAACUUGGCGACAUGUAGCCAGUGCUGAUAACCCCGCCGAUCUUGGCACAAGAGGUUGCAAACCCUUGCACCUCGCCACCACCUCACUCUGGUGGAACGGCCCCAGCUGGCUAAUAGAAUCACAACAAUUCUGGCCACAAUCCCCCAUACGCAUCAUAAUUGCCCCAGAAAGUCGAAAAGUUGAAACCUUUCACACAAUACUGGAUGACAAUGACAUACUAGAACGAUUUUCCUCGUUCCCCUGUGCCCUAAAGGUAGUCGCCUAUAUGUUCAAAUUCGUAGAGCGCCUCAAAAAUAAGGUGAAGAAAACACCGAAUUCCCCAUAUAACAUGUUAACGCAUCAAGACCUACAAAAAGCAAAGGUUUCCCUUGUUGCAUACACUCAAACGCGCUAUUUCAGCCGCGAAAUAUUACUGCUAAGAGAAUCAAAACCAAUUGAUAAAAAGAGUCAACUCUUAGUACUCAAUCCAUUUUUAGACACGAAAUGUCUGCUUCGUGCUAAUGGACGGCUAGCGAACUCCAGCCUCACAUAUAACGAACGCCACCCCAUAAUAAUACCAGAGAAAUCCUCAUUUGCAACACUAUACCUCAGAUUUCUCCACUUAUUAAUGCUACAUGCCGAACAUCGCCUCAUGCAACAAAUG